GGAUCAUGUGGAAGAUUAGGGCAUAAUAGCAGAAAAUGCCGUAUUCUUAUGGGAAGCAACCACUCUGAAGUUCAACAGCAACAAGUCCAUCAGGAAGUCGAAAAGGAAGGCCCUUCUGCACCUAGUAAUGCAACAGAAGUUUCAAGCACCAUUUUUGAUUGAGAGUUCCUCAUUUGUAACUGAACAAAUUGUCAAUCAACUUAACCAGCCAAGGGUACCUCAACAACAAUUGAGAAGUUCUGCAUUCAAUUUAGAAGAAAUUGGUGAGCAUUCCAGAGAAGAUACAAGGUCACUCUUCAUCGAGAGAAUGGGAAAACAAUACGUCCCACCGUCAAGAUUACAAGAUGCGCUUUCUCAAAGUAGCAAGAGAGUAGGAAGUGGCCCACGGGACAAGAAGAAAAAUGUUCCUUAACUAAAGAAGUUAAAGACAAACAAUGAUAAUACGCACAUGAAAUCAGAUCUUGUUUAGAUCUGGUUCUUCCUUGACGACUUUGAAGUUAAUCAUGCUUUAGUGACAUUUAAAUGAUUGUGUGUUUCUCUUUUAAAACUUCUGCAACUUAAAUGGUUAUCUUUCUCCCUGAUCUUAACUUCAUCGCCUUCAUUCUGCACUUUGCCUACAAUAAAUCAUAGGCAUCAUCGUUUUCUAUAGCAAAAAUAUAGCCAAUUUUUAGAAGUACGUUUUGAUUUUUCAUGUAAAUAGACUAGAAAAGUGCUUCAAAUUGUUGAAAGUGAGCCAGCUCUUCCCUGACUCUUGAAAGAACAGAUUCAGUUUUCCGCAGCUUAGUGUUGUAGCGAAAACUAAAAACUAAAAUAUUUAUGAUGUUGGAGUCUUCAGUUUCAAAAUGUGGACUAAUCAUG